UUCCAAUUGGCUGCAGCCAGAGGAAGGUGUGGUCUGGACGGUCGAUGUCGCAUCCUUUGUUAAACCUGCAGUUAAAUGUUGGAUAGAAAUCUGUAAAGACGCAGGAAUCGUGUAUGGUCGAUACAGAUGUUGUGAUCGUAAUUGUAGUUCUUGAUAAAAGUGUGCAUGUUCACGGAAUGCGUCUCCAGAACGUUCUUCCUUUGAUUCCCACCUGUAGCAGGAUUGAGGACAUGACCAGCCUGCUCAAAGGAGUGAAGUGAAAGCUGUGACCGAACUUGGAUUCAACUCCGAUUGUAAGUUUACGAGGAAAAAGAAGCACAAAUGAAGCAGUGCUAAGGAUCAGCACUCUUGAUUCGGCAAAAGACGCGCCCCGCUUCCUUCUCACCAUGAUCACUGGCACCGUGCGCUCCUCGUCGUAAGCUGCUGUGGAGGAUCCGCACAUUAUGAGACGCCAUGGCAUGGUGUGACCGAGGGGUUCAGACUCUGCUGGCCAUCGUGGGGGCCUUCACCGCCUUCAGUCUCAUGACCAUCGCCAUCGGCACUGACUACUGGCUCUACUCCCGGGCGUACAUCUGCAACGCCACUAAUGUCACCACCGACGAAACCCAGAUGCAAACCAAGAAAGUCAAAGGCGACCUGACGCACUCCGGGCUGUGGAGGAUCUGUUGUAUCGAAGGUAUCAACAAAGGAAGCUGCUUUCGUAUCAAUCAUUUUCCAGAGGAUAACGACUACGAUACAGACAGCUCAGAGUACAUCUUACGUAUAGUUCGUGCAUCAAGCCUAUUCCCCAUCCUCAGCACCAUCCUUCUCAUGUUGGGCGGCCUGUGUGUCGGAGUUGGACGCAUCUACAGCAGCAAGAACAACAUCCUGCUCAGUGCAGGCAUCCUGUUUGUGGCUGCAGGCCUGAGCAACAUCAUUGGCAUCAUUGUCUACAUCUCCAGCAAUGCUGGAGAUCCCAGUGACAAGAAAGACGAGGACAAGAAGAACCAGUACAACUACGGCUGGUCCUUCUAUUUCGGUGCCCUCUCUUUCAUCGUGGCCGAGUCAGUGGGUGUCCUUGCAGUCAACAUAUACAUCGAGAAAAACAAAGAGACGCGCUUCAAAGCCAAACGUGACUUCAUCAAAACCACCUCAUCCUCUUCACCGUACUCUCGCAUACCAAGUUACCGCUACAGACGAAGGCGCUCACGCUCCAGUUCGAGGUCAACCGACCGGUCUCGCGAUACAUCCCCGGUGGGAAUGAAGAUUGGUGGAGGAAGUGGAGGGGGAGGAGGGCUGGGAAUGGGUUUGCCAAUGGGGGAUGUAUCCCUGUACACCCUCAGCAGGGACCCUUUAAAGAGGGGGAGUGGGACUGCAGGCCCGUACAGCCCCGAGAGGGACUCUGGGUUUCUACAAGUCCACAACUGCUUCCAGAAAGAUGUGAAAGAUGGAGUGAACCGGAGGACCACGCCAGUAUGAGGUCAGGAGUCUAUUGUUGUGUUAAACAAUAAGCUUGAUGGAACACAUUAGAUGCCAUACAGUUGAUGAGAAUGGACAAUUCCUCCCCGGGACUGUUUACAUGGUAGCAAUGUUGAAAGGUCAGAGCUCAGAAUAGGUUUUCUCACAUCUGAGACAGAAAAGUGCAAGUGUUUCAUUUUGGGAAGGAGGAAAACUGAUAUCAAAGACAUUUUCUUUGAUAGGACUCUUUAAAUCCUGUUGGGAGAAUUUUGGAGAAAUGUUUGAGCAGUUUGGUUUUAAAAAAUAAUACCUGCUAUUGGAAAAGAAGGAAUUUCAGCUCUUGUAGAAAGCCUGAAUCUUUUACUUGUGCUGGUGUCCUUUAAAGGCAGUCCCUCAGUGACUCAGCCUAGUAAGAGGAUUAACCUUUAAUAGACUUUGUGCUCAACAUAUUAAAGAUUCAGAAUAUUGAGCUUAUGGUAAAGAUGUUUUUCUUCUGAAUUAGUGUUUUGAAAUGGAAAGUGAUUUGUGUGAUUGUUAUCAGAGUAUUAUUGUAAUGUACUUGUUUGUAACUUAACACAAAUGGUGCUAACGUAAUCAGUUCACCUUUGAUAAUCUUAAGCCUUCUCAACUCCCAUUUAAACACUUGUAUUGUAUCUCAGUAACCUCUCUCAAACUUAUUUGUAAGUUAUAUGAUAAAUGUAUGUGUUGCAGUAUGUGAGUGUGCGUUAUGGCUUUGAAACACUGCCACACUAUGACACAUUCAUACUAUGAAUAUGGAUAUCUGUAGAUAUGUAUUAACAGUAACGCCAAGGCACGUCAGAACAUUCCAGUAUGCUGUGAGUUGAUUAGUGUAGACUUUAUUUGUACAGUCAGUGUAGUUUACUCUCUAUUCACUCAGGGACGAUGUAGAGAACAAAUUAAUUCUUUACCGAAGCCAGACAGACUGUUGAGGUUGGCCUAUGUGUAAAAGCUGAGGUUAGAUCAUGCUUUGUGUGUGUUGCAGUUAAUUAACAUGAGUCUUGUUUCUGCAUUUACUGCCUUUGUAUUCAAAGAUUUGUUUUUGUCUGGUACAGAAUUUUGAUCAUGCUGCAAGAAAAUACACUUGUAGCCACUUGUAGAUUCAUAUUUAAAGGAUUUCUGUAUUCCUACUGCUCUACAGCAAGAGGAAUUGUUUGAAAAGUAUCAAUUUUCAAUGAACUGACAAGAAACAAUAAAUAAUAAUUUGUGUCA